AGAAAGUCUGAGAGUCCAAGAUUUAGCAGUACGAGCAAGUGGAGAAGCACCUGUCGUACAGUCCUCGCGUGUUCUCACGCGCCGACUCAAUACUCUGCUGCCGACGCCGACAUUGGCUCUCCGGCGUUGUCGUUGGAUUUCGUAGGCCACGAUUCUACAGCUACGCAGUCAAAACCCCUUGACUCCUUUGAGCUUUCAUUAAACCCUAACCCUCACCACUCUUUGAGCUUUGUUAGCAUAAAAACCAUGGCACCAAAUACGCAUGUCAAAAGAGCGUUCAAAGCUAUGAAUGAUCUUGGAAUAACGGAUGCGCAAGUGAAGCCGGUCUUGAAGAACCUUCUCACCCUUUACGACAAAAACUGGGAGUUGAUAGCCGAGGACAACUACAGGGCUCUCGCUGAUGCUAUCUUCGAUAGCCAAGAGUCUCAGACCACUGAAGAAGUAAAAGGAAAGGAGAAGAAGGGAGAUGAAGCUGAAAGCAGCGCUGCAGAAGUUGACAGAGGAAAGAAGAAGGCGCUUGAAUCUCUCGAGGAAGAUGAAGAUGAGCUUGAGCCCCCUUUAAAGAGGCUGCGACGCAGAGGUGAAGGAGUCUCUGCUUCGGCUUCGAACAAUCCCGACUUGGGAAGUCCCAAUUUAGAAGAGCACACAACUCAUGACGAAGACACUACUAUCUCAUUACCAUUUCAUCCUCAGCCAACCGAGAAUAACGCUGAUGCUGAAACAAAUGGACAUGGCGAAACAGUAAAUACUGUUCGUGCUGAAGAUCCUCGUACAAGUACAACUAUUGAGAGAUACAGUGAGCAGAGGCUGGCUACAACCCUGGAAGAAUCUUCGACACUUGAAUUAGCUUCUUCUGAGACGGGUGAAGUGAAGAUUAAUCUGAGUUUUGCCCCUGCAACUGGAGGAUCCAAUCUACGUGUACCCACUAUGGAGGAACUGCGAAGAGCAAUGGAGGAUAAGUGUCUCCGAUCUUACAAAAUACUCGACCCUAACUUCUCUGUAGGUCGUUUUAUGGGCGACAUCGUUAGUUGCUUUCUCGAACUAUCAAAAAACGCAGCCAGCCAUUCGCCAGAAACAUUGCCGUUUCUCACCACGAAUAUUGGUGUGUUGAAGAAACCUGCAGCCAACCAGCCGCCAGAAAACUUGCCGACGAAUGUUGAAGAAAAGGGAGAGUCCAUGGGUUUAGUAGUAGUUCCAGAGUGCCAGAUCUCUGCGGAUGAUUUUAGAUUGAUAAGCAGCAUUAAUGAUGUCACUCUUGGAAAAGAAACUCUUGAGAUUCCCUGGGUGAAUGAAUUCAAUAGCAAGGUUCCUCCACCCUUUCGAUACAUACCCCAAAGCUAUGUCUAUCUAGAUGCUGCAGUGAAGUUUUCAGUUGGGAACAUCAGGGAUGACCAACGCUGCUCCUCUUGUUGUGGAGAUUGCUUGGCUCCUUCAGUGGCAUGCAGCUGUGCAACUGCACUUAGUGGCUUCACGUCAUACACAAAAGAUGGCCUCCUGCAGAAUGAUUUCCUGGAAGAGUGUGUUUCUGAGGCACGUGACCCGCAGAAACAUGUGUUGCAAUUUUGCAAAGAAUGUCCGUUGGAGAAGGCUAAAAACAUAGAGAUUCUGGAAUCGUGCAAGGGGCAUCUAAAGAGGAAGGCCAUUAAAGAAUGUUGGAUCAAUUGUGGCUGUAUCAACAAAUGUGGCAACCGAGUCGUCCAACAUGGCAUUCAUAACAAGCUGCAGGUGUUUUUCACUCCCAAUGGGAGAGGUUGGGGACUCAGGACUCUACAAAAGCUGCCUAAAGGAGCAUUUGUCUGUGAGUUUGCUGGAGAAAUAUUGACCAUUUCGGAGUUGAUCAAACGUAGCUCUGAGAAGCUUACCUUUCCGGUAAUAUUGGAUGCACACUGGGGUUCUGAAAAAGCUUCAGGUGUCGACAAAGCUCUUUGCCUUGAUGGAAUGCAUUAUGGAAAUAUUUCCAGGUUUAUCAAUCACAGAUGCUCAGAUGCAAAUUUGAUUGACAUCCCAGUGCAUGUGGAGAAUAUGGACUUUAACUACUAUCAUCUCGCGUUCUUCACAACAAGAGACAUCGAGGCUCUGGAAGAACUAACAUGGGAUUAUGGCGUCGAGUUCAACGAUCAUGUUUAUCCCACGCUUCCGUUCCAUUGUCAAUGUGGUAGCGAGUUCUGUCGGAAUGUUAAGCGGAUAAGCAAAAGCAAGAAGGCAAAGAAGAGAGCGUAAGAGCUCACAGUGUUGUUUUUUUGGAGGAUGUUUGGUGUCCCAAACUCUUUUUGUGAAUGAAUUGCCAACUUUUCCAAAAACUCUGUUGUUGUCUAUUCAUCAAGGCAAACAAGCUCUAGUGUAUAUCGUAACUUAGGUUCUAAUAGCUCUGGCUUUGGUUUGACCAUCUAAAAUCCUCUCUAUCUAUGUAUGGUUAUGGCUUUGGUUUGUCAUUA